AUGUUGUGCACAUAUUUUCUUUCAACUUUUGCAACGGUUAAUCACUGCUGUGCUUAUCACGACGACUGCUACAGCCUUCAGCGUGGACAAGCUACUUGCGAUCAUGAGUUCUGUGGUUGCUUGCAGCACGUUUCUGAAGGUUCACCGACAAUUUGUAACAUACUAAUUAUGGGCAAAUGCGAACUAGUUUCAAGUUUUGGAAUCUCGACAUAUGAGAGAUCAAAAAAGGAAGGUCCGCCCCAAAUAUCACGUUUGUCUUUGAAUGAGACCAAAAUGCGUGAAGCCGUCGAUGCCCUUUAUGAUGCCUGUCCUUGGAUUAAAAAGAUUGUAAAGUCAUGUGUGCUUCUUUUUAACUCUUGCAUAUCUUCUAACCGGACACAUCUCUGCAAAGGAAGAUUGCAGAAUUGUAUUGAGGAAGCUGCUGCCUAUCAUCCGGCAGACACAUGUGUAUCGGCUGUGGAAACACUUUAUCCAGGAACAGGCAGCAAAAUUCAGUCCACCAAGUUUUGGCGUUGGAAUAUUCCUUUUCGCUUACGACCGUACGAGUUUAAAACUCUGUUUGUACUCGGAUUUUUGAUAACAUCAAUGUUUUCAAUCAUUGCAAUGGUUGGAUGCUUUUUGUUGUUGUGUAAAGAAAAAGAACGAGAUCCUGAAGAACAAAAUGCGGAAAUGCUAUCCUUCAAAACAACAUCGCUUCUGAGCAUCAAGCAAACCAAAAAGAAGAAAGGAUUACCACGCAGAAAUCCAGUCGGCAAGCAUGCUUGUACCGACAAUAUCACUGAAAUAUUGCAAUCAGAUGAGAGCCAGUCAUCAGAUUUAUCAGAUUCCUGUACUAUUACGAAUUAUAUACAUUAA